AUGAAAAAAGACUUCCCAGACAUAAGACAUUCUUUUGAUAUUUGGCAUGGGACGAAAAACUUAGGCAAGAAAAUCAUCAAGGCAGGUCAGCAGAAAAACCAAAAAGAUAUCCUAUCAUGGACAAAAGAUGUUGUCAACCAUUACUGGUACACAGCUACCAUCUCAAACACAAAGGAGGAGUUUAUUGGGAAUUGGAUAGGAAUCCUCCAUCACACAGUUAAUGUUCACACAUGGGUUUUGCCCUAUAGUGACAUUAACGAAUGCAACCAUGGACCACUGACUGAAGAACGAACAAAAGGGUGGUUAGAAAAGGAUUCUCCAGCUCAUGUGGCUCUUCGGGAAAUUGUGUUAGACAAACGUCUCCAGAACAAUGUGACCUACUAUCUUAACUGCAGGAGCACAGCAGAACUUGAGAAUUUCCAGAACGUAGUGAAUGCAUAUGCAUCCAAGCGUCACUCCUACAACCCACCUUCAUAUAGGUGCAGGAAUCGACUUGCUGCCUUGGACCAUAACCACCAUAUAAAUAGAAACGUUCUUGUCAAGAAAGAUGGAGCAACACAAUAUCAGAGGAGCUAUAACAAAAAAAGUGGAAGAUGGGCAGUUCAUCCUGUGAAAGAGAAGAAAGCAUUUUCAUAUAUCCCAUCUCUGCAAGAGAAGAUUCUAUUGUCAAGAGUGUCGGAUGAAGUAGGGAUGAACCAACCCGUGGUGCUGGAGGCAGAUGAUCCAAGAAGGUUGUCAUCCCAUCUGGAUCCACUCCCACCCCCUCCAACUGAACAGCUUGUUGUAGAGCAGAAGUCAAGGUUUCUAAAACAAGAAAGAGACAAUUGA